AUGAGCGACAUUCUCAGCGAAAAGGUGUCCUCUGACGCGAGCAGCGAUGCUACCACCCUUUCGCAGCGAUUCCAAGACCAAUUGGAAGCCAUCCUCAAGAAGCUGCGAAAAGACCCGAGCACCAUCACAGCCGAGGAAGCCCGUAUUCUAUCUGAGAACGUCGCUACACAACUGCAAAAGGCCGUCGGCCAUACCGAUGCCUCUCACCCUGAAGUCGAAGCCGAGCUCCAGGAGGAAAUCGCUAAGAUCGAACCCAAGAUUGCGCAAGGCACUGUCACCAAGGCUGAAGCCGAUCAUCUCCAUUCUCUCGAGGCUCGCGCCCAUGGUCAUACUGAGAAGGGUGGCAUUGCCGCAGUCGCACAGUCUGUUGCAGCCAGACGCGAGCGUCAACUAUCACUGAGCAGCAGCACUGGAUCUAUCUUGAGUCCUGUCAACGGAAGAUCUCGUGCCAACAGUAGGAACUUCACCUCACCUCAGCAACGAUCUCGUCAAGAGAAGGAAGAUGACUCCCACAAUGCGGAGAUGACUAUGGGGCCUAAGAUCGAGGCGGACACUGCCGCCGCAUCGGGGAUGAAUAAUCCACAGUCUCUCGACGCUCGUGCUAACCGCGGCACUGAGGAACAUGUAUGCUUGGGGCUCUGUGAGUCCCACGCCAACAACGGAAGUGCUCGCGCCUGCGAUGAGCGUCCCCGCGCCAGUAGCGAGGGUAUCUACUCCCGUGACACACUGUCUGGCUCCAAACAUCACGGCGAUCUACACGACGGUAAUUUUGCUGUCUCGCCCAAGCGAGAGAACGGCUUCUCUACUCAACCAAAUCCCAAAACAGUCCAGUCGCAAGAGAUGCCGACCAACGGCCACACCGAGAAGAGCGCACUCAGCCCCACUGCGCAGUCCUUCGUCUCCCGUAGGCAAGAGUCUCUCAGCGAUGUUUCCAACUCCUCCGCGACUAAGCACCGCAAAGAGCAGUCACAGCCCGACAAGGACCUUAACAAGGUUGAUGAGGAGCUUGAGGAUAACGAGCACGAAACCCACGUGAAGAGGCUCGUGCAGGACGGUCAUGUUCGAGUGGACGAGAACGGAAAGUUGCUGGCUGAGCCGAGCUAUGACGCGGACAACCGAUGA